AUGAUGCUUAUAUUCUUACAGUGUAUACGUGAAAAAGACAAGGGUAAUAGAAUAGCUACUGUGCUGUUUUAUAUGUCAAAUGUAACUCAAGGAGGCGCUACAGUUUUCCCUGAACUUGGUGUAAGCAUAUUCCCUGUGAAGGGCGACGCAAUUUACUGGCUCAAUUUACACCCGUCAGGAGAGGGCAACUAUUGUAUGUUGCACGCUGCCUGUCCUGUGCUGACCGGCUCCAAGUGGGUCGCUACCAGAUGGAUCUAUGAAGUGGGUCAAGAGUUCAUCAAACCUUGUAGUCUAGAGUACCAAGAAGAAGGCUGCCCUGGCACGCAUGCCAGCCAAAUAUUGAAAACAUAA